AUGAAUCGUCUUGAUCCGACUCAUCCGUACAACGAUGAUAACGACGAAGACGGUUUGUACGUGAGUAUGAUGUACCGGUAUUAUACAGACAACCUACUACAGCUAGAUCCAGCUCCACUACUCACGCGACGUGUAGUGUUAAAUAGAGAUCGUGAGGAAGGGCAUAGACGACUAGUUAAUGAUUACUUUUCCGAAAAUUGUGUCUACCAGCCAAACGAUUUCAAAAGAAGAUUCCGUUUGCGAAAAAAUGUCUUUGAAAGGAUAGCCAACGCUACGGAAGCAAGGUAUGAAUUUUUCCAAAUGAGAUAUAAUGCUAAAGGCAAACGAGGCUUCACAGGGUUGCAAAAAUGUGUUGCUGCAAUAAAACUUAUGGCAAUGGGGGAGUCGCCCGAUUCUAUUGACGAUUAUAUGAGAAUGUCUGAGAGGAACGCACGAGAAAGUUUGUAUUUAUUGGCAAGAAGUGUUGUUGAAACCUUUGGUGACCAAUACUUGCGCAAACCUUCGUUGCAUGAUAUGCAACAACUAUAUGCAGCGCAUGAAGAAAGACAUUGUUUUCUGGGAAAAGCCCUGGAUGCUCCAUUCACAGUGAAUGAAAACAAAUAUAAGUUUGGGUAUUACCUUACAGACGAAAUAUAUCCACAAUAUUCCAUGUUUGUAAAGGCGUUUCGACACCCAAUAGAUCCAAGGGACAAAUAUUUCAAGAGACGACAAGAAGGAGCACAUAAAGGACGCAAUAUUGCAAUGUAUUUGCCUACGGAGCCAAGACAUGUGCAAUUUAAACUAGGGACAUCAGAAUAUUUACAUAUAGUGGUUGAUAUUCAAGAUCAGCGAAAAUACAAGCAACUCCGUGAAGACUUGAUGGAUUACAUCUUUGUUGGUCACGAAAACGAAGAUGAAUAG